AUGAGAAGGCGAUCGGUCUGGUCAUCAUCAUUGCCAUCGCCUCCAAGCCACCACCAUACUCCCCGCAAGCCACUGACUUCAUCUGCAGGGUCAAAAAAUGAAAGUGAUCCCAAUCCAAUUUUUAUUGAACCUCAUGUUGUUGCACAACCAAUUUCUGUUGCAUCUCCUAUUUCUGCACAACCAAUUUUUGUUGCACCUCCUGCUGCUGCAAAUUUGAGACUUCGUGUUAAGGACAAAAGAGAACAAAAACUUUCAAAAUCAAGGAGAUCACCAUACAAAAUGUGUGUGAUUGACUUAAAGAACGCCCCGACACAAGAGGAAGAAAAUGUAUCUGAGUGGCUAUUCAACAUUCAAGGAGAUGUAUAUUCUGUAGAUGUACCGUCUGACACAAAGUAUGCGCCUGUUUUGAAUAAUCUGCAAAUGCAAUGGUUGAUAAAAAAGUGGCGACAUACAUACUCGACUUUCCAUGGAAGACAAUAA